CAGUUCAAGUUCACGUAGAUCUGUUUGAAAUGUCUGUUCAAAUUAAGAUGUUAUCAGUUUCAUUUUUUCUUUUCAUUCGUUUCAGGUUAAUUGGUCAUGCAAAAAUUCAUGUGGUUAGUUAAUUAUGCUCCCCUUGCUUUAUUUGAUUGGCAAACAAUGGACAUUCUGCAAUCAAAACUAUAAUUUUUCCAAAUAGUUGUGAUUAUGUUCAAUUUGUAGGUUUCUCCGGUUCAGUUCCAUCUUUAUCUCAAGCCAAAUUAAAUCACUCUUUUCUUGCUCUGCGUUUUCUUACUACUUGUUCUGCUUAUAUGUCUUAUACUUACCAGGGAGAAGUUGAACUCAAUGAAUUUGCUGCUGUACACUUCUUUUGUUUAAUUCAGUAAUGGCACAAUCUGCUAAUUUGUCAAAUUUUUUGGUGACCAAACAUACAAGUGCAUUAACGCUUCAGGUAUUACGCAAUGCAAAAGGCGCUGUCGCUGUUGUUAUCUCAAUUCUUUUAUUGAAGAACCCUGUGACUGUUACCGGCAUUGGCGGAUACAUGGUAGCUGUUAUGGGGGUAGUUGCCUAUGGAGAAGCAAAACGAAAGGUUCAGAUAAGUGAUCCUUGACAUUUACCAAAUUCUUGGUUUUUGAAGGCUUAAGUAUUUUGUUAGUGAGUAGGUAGAUUCUUAGUGAAUAUUGUUUUAGCAGAGAGAGAGAGAAUACAUUGUGGUGUGGUUGUAACCAGUUUAGUCCAAAAAUCGUCGCUUGAAAGUGAAGUUUAUUUGAGGUUUGAUGACAUCAGGGUUAGGUUGCUGUAGUAUGGAAUGAUGUUGCUGGUCCGCGUGUUUUUCACAAUGUUACUAAUUCACGUGUUAUAAUAUGAGUAUGCGCGUUUAUGCUUUUAGAUGUGAUAUUAAUAAAAAUAUACGUUUUAUAAGUAUCCUUGACAAAAAAAUAAAGGUUUAAGUUUCUAUUUAAGAUUAUUAAGAGCAUUUGGUUCUCGUUAAGAGCAUCUUCAAUGCAAAGUACUUUGAAAUGGACAUUUUACAAUUUUGUUUUUUACAUUUCGAAGUUGUAUAUCUUAUGCUACAAGAUAGUGUCAGAUAUUUAGAGAGAUGAGACAUUGACCCACUUCUAACCACACAAA